AUGUUGGAAGACUCUUAUUCUCGUACGGUGGGCGAUGUCUUGGAACAUUUCAACACUAAUAUUGAUACCGGAUUGACAAAAAAGCAAAUUGAUGCCAGUCUGGAGGAAUACGGAUACAAUGAACUUCCCCCGGAAGAAAAUAAGCCUUUGUGGCGCUUGGUACUUGAACAGUUCGAUGAUCUCUUGGUCAAAAUACUUUUAAUGGCAGCUGUUAUAUCCUUCGUUUUGGCAUGGUUUGAAGAUAGCGAAGAUGCAACUACUGCAUUUGUGGAACCAGUUGUUAUCAUGCUCAUUUUAAUUGUCAACGCAAUAGUUGGGGUUUGGCAGGAACGUAAUGCUGAGUCCGCCAUCGAAGCUCUGAAGGAGUACGAGUCGGACACCGCUAAGGUUAUUCGUCACGGUUAUUCGGGUGUUCAAACUGUGAAAGCCCGAGAGCUGGUGCCUGGUGAUAUUGUGGAAGUUUCCGUUGGAGAUCGGGUUCCGGCAGAUAUAAGAAUAGCUAAAGUCUUGUCUACAACACUCCUCAUUGAUCAGUCCAUUCUUACUGGUGAAUCAGUUUCCGUUUCUAAACACAGUGAUCCUAUAUCUCAAUCCCGAGCUGUUAAUCAAGACAAAAAGAACAUACUGUUUAGCGGUACUAAUGUGGCGUCAGGAAAAUGCAUUGGAGUUGUAGUUGGCACCGGAUUGUGUACAGAAAUAGGGAAAAUCCGAGAUCAAAUCAUGCAUACAGAACAAGAUAAGACUCCUCUUGGGCAAAAAAUCGAUGAGUUUGGAACACAGCUGUCAAAGGUUAUAACAUUUAUAUGUAUUGCUGUAUGGUGCAUUAACAUUGGUCAUUUCAAUGACCCAGUUCAUGGUGGUUCAUGGUUCAGGGGCGCUGUAUACUACUUCAAAAUAGCCGUCGCACUCGCCGUAGCAGCUAUUCCAGAGGGAUUACCAGCUGUAAUUACGACUUGUUUAGCUCUAGGGACACGGCGAAUGGCUCGCAAAAAUGCUAUUGUCCGGUCGUUGCCUAGCGUGGAAACCCUUGGUUGCACAACAGUUAUUUGUUCGGACAAAACUGGCACUCUCACAACCAAUCAAAUGACUGUUUGUCGAAUGUUCACUUUUGCCGAUGAUAAUCGAAGCAAUGUCCGGAGUGGUGAUGGAUUGAAACUGAAGUUUGAUGAAUUCGAAGUUACUGGAUCGAAAUAUGCUCCUGAAGGAGUUGUGCAUUAUCAAGGAAGAAAAAUAAACUGUUCUGAUUAUCCAUGUCUUGUGGAGCUUGCGAAAAUUUGUGCGUUGUGCAACGACUCGUCUGUAGAGUACAAUGAGUCUCGGCAUACAUAUGAAAAAGUGGGUGAAGCUACAGAAACUGCCUUGGUUUGUUUAGUUGAAAAAAUGAACGUUACAGGACUUUCUAAAUCGGGUGUAGCUGAUCGUCAACUUGCUAUGCUCUGUAAUCGUGAUCUUCAGAAACUGUAUGAAAGGAGAUUCACUCUCGAAUUCUCUCGAGACAGGAAGUCAAUGUCCACGUAUGUUGUUCCCCGAAACCAAGCUUCUGGUUCCGUUGGAAAACUUUUUGUCAAGGGUGCUCCGGAGUCUAUAUUGGAUCGUUGCACUUACGUACGAACUCCAGGUGGAAAAUUGUUGUUAACGCCGGAAUUAAAGGAUGAAAUCUUAAGGAAAAUAGCUACUUACGCUACUGGACGCGAAACGCUUAGAUGUUUGGCUUUAGCAACGAGAGAUGAUCCACCUUCCCAAUCACAAUUUGAUCUAAAGGAUCCGAAAAACUUUAAAGAUUAUGAGUCUGAUUUAACUCUUGUGGGUGUUGUCGGUAUGGUCGACCCACCACGCAGUGAAGUUGCCGGUAGUAUCCAGGACUGUAGAAAAGCUGGUAUCCGGGUUAUCGUCAUUACAGGCGAUAAUAAAGCUACAGCCGAGGCUAUCUGCCGUCGUAUUGGCUUAUUUGAAGACAAGGAGGACACUUACGGUAAAUCUUUCACGGGACGGGAAUUCGAUGAUCUCAGUUUGGAACAGAAAAGAGAGGCAGUGCGAAAUGGCAAACUAUUUGCACGUGUUGAACCUGCUCAUAAAAGUCAAAUAGUUCAGUUCUUACAAGAAGACGGUGAAAUAUCUGCAAUGACUGGAGAUGGUGUUAAUGAUGCUCCUGCAUUGAAGAAAGCUGAAAUCGGAAUUGCUAUGGGAGGUGGUACAGCUGUAGCCAAAUCUGCUUCCGAUAUGGUCUUAGCCGAUGAUAACUUCAGCACAAUUGUUGCAGCUGUUGAAGAAGGCCGGGCUAUUUACGAUAAUAUGAAGCAGUUUAUUCGGUAUUUGAUUUCAUCUAACAUUGGUGAAGUUGUUUGUAUCUUCCUGACUGCCGCACUUGGCAUGCCGGAAGCUUUGAUUCCAGUACAAUUGCUUUGGGUUAACUUAGUCACCGACGGUCUGCCUGCUACAGCUCUAGGUUUUAAUCCUCCUGAUGUCGAUAUUAUGCAGAAACCUCCUCGUAAAAGCAAGGAACCUUUGAUUUCUGGCUGGCUUUUCUUUAGGUAUAUGUUGAUUGGUGUUUAUGUAGGAUGCGCCACUGUUGGUGCUGCAGGUUGGUGGUUCAUGGUGUAUGAAGGUGGUCCUAAAGUCAAUUACUAUCAGCUAACGCAUCAUUUACAAUGUCCUUUGGAACCUGAAUUAUUUAAAGGAGUUAACUGCAGUGUCUUCUCCAGUCCGAAACCUAUGACAAUGGCCCUAUCUGUAUUGGUUUUAAUUGAAAUGUUCAAUGCACUAAAUAGUCUUUCUGAGAAUCAAUCACUUCUUGUCAUGCCUCCUUGGCAUAAUAUGUGGCUUAUCGCAGCUAUCUGCUUCAGUAUGACGUUACAUUUUGCUAUCCUGUACAUUAAUGUACUGGCGAAUAUAUUCCAGAUUGCUGCCCUGAAUAUAACAGAAUGGUCUGCUGUCGUUAAGAUAUCCCUACCUGUACUAUUAUUGGAUGAAACACAAAAGGCUGUAGUCCGGUCUGUUCAAAAAGGUCAUAAUCCAAUAUACGAGGCAACAAUUCCAAUGGUGAUGUGGUGUUUCUAUGCCGUUUUCCUAGCUUUUAAUCCAUUGUGA